AUGUUUGAAUGGAUUCGACGGCACUAUGCGCUUACCAAUCAGCGGCUACUGGAAAUCGGCGACUGCGAGCAGUCCACAUCGAUGCUGCUCGCCGAGCACUGUGACUUCUUAAAAGCAGCCAGUGUCAGUCCUCAUGUUUUCAUCCACCGGCGGGAGGAAGGAAGGCCCUGUUUCGGUCAAAAAGCGGAGGGGUUUGUUGAAUGCAUUGUCCGAGUGCAUUUUCGAUUCGCUUCCAAACAUACCAUUGUUGUUGUAUGCUUUCACUGUUCAUUUACUGAAUAA